UCCGCUCUGGGAGUGUUUCCCAUUUAAACAAACACCGUCCUGCCGAAGAUGGCGGAGAGUUUGUAGAGGCGUCAAAGAAACUGCUCUACUCAAUGAAAGCGUCGAAGCCGAAGAUGUUGAGACAUUGAAGCACCACUAGACCCUGAAUGGAGCUUGACUGGGGCUUGUACUGGCCAAGGUGCUGAUAUGUGUUGAAGAUGAGUGGCGUAGGAGACAACUCGUUGGAGCCGCUGUGCCCUGACCGCAAACGUAAAUUGUCCACCUGUGACACACCAGGCUUAGGGUGUGACAAGCGUCGGAGAGAACAGGAGACCAAGUACAUCGAGGAGCUGGCCGAGCUCAUCUCUGCCAACCUCUCCAACAUCGACAGCUUCAACGUCAAACCUGACAAAUGUGCCAUCCUCAAGGAGACCGUGAGGCAGAUCAGACAAAUCAAAGAGCAAGGAAAAAGUUCUUGCAGUGAUGACGAUGUCCAGAAAGCGGAUGUGUCCUCCACUGGUCAAGGGGUCAUUGACAAGGACCAUCUGGGACCGCUGCUCCUACAGGCCUUGGAUGGCUUUCUGUUUGUGGUGAACCGAGAGGGCAGCAUUGUAUUUGUGUCAGACAAUGUGACCCAGUACCUGCAAUACAAGCAGGAGGAGCUGAUUAAUACUAGUGUGUACAACAUCAUCCAUGAUGACGACAGGGAGGAGUUUCACAAGAAUCUGCCCAAGUCAAAUGCACCAAAUGGGGCAUCAUGGGGCGGAGAGGCACCCCGUCAGAAAAGUCACACCUUCAAUUGUCGUAUGCUGGUGAACUUUGGUCAUGGUCAGAGUCAUGGGUUGUCAGAAGAGAGGCCUGGAGGCCAACGCUAUGAGACCAUGCAGUGUUUUGCCCUCACUCAGCCUCGGGCUAUGAUGGAGGAGGGAGAAGAUUUGCAGUCAUGUAUGAUUUGUGUGGCACGACGCAUCACUGCAGUAGAGAGAACAGAAAGGUUUAGCACUCGUCAUGAACUGUCUGGUAAACUGAUUGAAAUUGAACAGCAGAGCUCUCUUCACACCACUAUGCGUCCAGGCUGGGAGGACCUGGUUAGACGGUGCAUGCAGAUGUUCCUCAAUCGUAGUGAAGGACAACCCUGGUCCUACAAGCGUCACUAUCAAGACGCUUUCCAUAAUGGACAUGCAGAGACCCCGCUCUACCGUUUCUCGCUCUCUGAUGGCACCCCAGUCACAGCCCAGACCAGGAGUGACCUCUGCAGGAAUCCCAACACCAAUGAACCGCACUCUUUCUUGUCCACACACUUGCUACAAAGGGAGCAGAAUGGUUAUCGUGGAAACCAAGGAGGCAUGAGGCCUCAAAACAUGGGUGUCAACAACCCCAACCAACAGAUGAACAUGGGCCCAGGAGGGAGCAUGGGCAUGAACAGGGGCUACAGCAUGGGUGAACAGGGCAACAUGCCACAGAGAGGAAUGCCUCCAUAUGCAGGAGGCAACCGCAUGAAUCCCAUGAACCAGAUGAAUCAAAUGAAUCCCAUGCAUCAGAUGAACAACAUGGGUCAAAUGAAUCAGAUGAAUCAAAUGAAUGCCAUGCAUCCAAUGAACUCCCCCAUGAACUCAAUGAACCAGAUGGGGCCCAUGAACCAGAUGAAUCAGAUGGGCCACCAUGGUAUGCAUCAGCAGCAGCACCACCAACAUCAGCAGAUGACUCAGUUCCAUGGAGGAGGAGGUGGACCUGGAGGUGGAGGCUAUGGGAUGGGAAUGACCAGUCCCACCCAGGCCAGUCCAGGGAUUAAUGGCCCCCCACACAACGUCAUGGGUUCACCCAGAGUCCGAGGAAGCCCCAAGAUGGGUGCUAGCCCCUUCUCUCCUGGUGGUAUGAACUCUCCCAUGAGCUCCAGUCACCCUGGAAACUCUGGAGGUGGAGGAGGUACCACCUUCUCCAGCAGCUCCUUGAAUGCCCUCCAAGCCAUUAGUGAAGGUGUGGGCAAUCCAAUGCCCUCCCCACUCACCUCUCCUCCCCCUCACAAGCCUGACAGCUCCCCAAGCAUCAAUUCCACCAACCAGGCAGCAGGAGGACCAUGUAAACCAGGCCUCCCAGCAUACUCUGACUCCAAGAGCCCAGGCAGCUCACUGGGGGCCGGAGGGGAACAGCAGCACCCACACACCCCUACCAGUGAAGGCCCUCCUGACAAACCAGACAGCCAGGCCAGCAGGGAGACCGGUCCGGCCGGGGGAGAAUCCAAUCGACGGGUCCCUGACAGCAAAUGCCACAAGAAGCUUCUGCAGCUCCUCACCUCCCCUACUGAUGAGCUGGUGCCACCUAAUCACACAUCAAACUCUGGACCCAGCUCCACUCCCGAGGCUAAAGACGGGACAGCAGGUGUCACCAGCCCUUCCUCCUCAACCGGAGUGUCCUCCUCUACAGGCGGGAAUCACGGCACCGUGUCCUCCUCUGGUAGCGCAGGACAUUUAACAAGUCAGUCGCUGCAGGAGAAGCACAAGAUCCUCCACAAGCUCCUCCAGAACGGGAACACGCCCGAUGAGGUGGCGCGCAUCACUGCUGAGGCCACUGGGAAAAGCAACUUGGACUCAGAUCCUGGGGCUGCAGCCCCUGCAGGGAUGAGAGGAUCAGAAUCAAAACAGGAGCAGCACAGUCCUAAGAAGGAGAAGCCUCACGCCCUCCUCCACUACCUCCUUAAUAAGGACGACUCUAAAGAAGGUGGUGAUAUCAAGCCAAAGCUAGAGGAGCUGGAGGGUAGAGGAGCACAGGGGGCAGGGGUCACCAGCUCUGACCCCCACUGUAUGGGUGGAAAGGUCAAGUUGGAGCCAUCUGAUGAACUGGAGACCCUGGAGACCAUUCUUGGGGUCCCAAGGAACAACUCUGGCCUCUACCCCGAACCAGACUCCAGAGCAGGGAAGGAAGUGGGGAACAAACAAGGAAAUGUGCCUGACAGUUUACAUGAUGGUGAUAAAGGCCCAAUGCCUCCAGGUCAGCGCGUAGCCUAUCAAAGAGCCUUGUCCAUGGAUGCAAAGCCCAUUGGUGGAGAUGGAUCAGUAGGCGGUGGGCUGGCCAUGAGAAGGAACGUACCCUGUCCCACAUUGGUCAAACAGGAGAACAUAGACACUGCGAUCCGACCUGGUGGUGCACCCAAUGGCUUUCAGGGAGGCAUGGGUGUGUGUCCACCACGGGGCAAUCCAACAAGAGGUAUGGGAAGAGGUAUGGGAAUGCCACAGCGCCCUCCCAUGGCAGGGCCAGGGGAGUGGGGGAUGCAGAGGCCCAGCGGCAGUCCUGUAGCCGGACCAGGACACCUAGGCAUGGGUCGCGCUGGCCCAAUGGGAGGACCCAUGAUGAACCGCUCCAACAGUGUACCUGGAAACACCAGAUCUAUGCUGCAUCAGCAACUCAUGGAAAUGGGUACCAAUGAAGCCAAUAUGAAUAUGAGCCCAUUUGGCGGACAUGGACCACCACCUCAGUCCCCGUCCUGGCCAGACUCUGCCAUGGGAAUGGACAGACCACAGAGUAACACAACCAGGGACCAGUUUGCACACCCCCUGGAUGAGCUGCUUGGGCCCCUGGCCAACAGCGAGGGCCCGAGUGAUGAACGAGCACUUCUGGACCAGCUGGACUCUCUGCUCAACACAGCUGACGUCAUUGCUCUGCAGGAGAUAGACCGAGCCCUAGGCAUCCCUGAAAUAGUGGGUCAGACCCAGGGACCUGAAGGUCACCAGCAGGGCCAGGAUCAAGGUCAGGGUCAGUGCCCACCAUCAGAGCCUUUCCCAGGGCCAGACUCCUCCAUAGGCAUGGACCAAAAACCCAUGUACGGCCAGGGCUACCCCGGGCCCCCCUCCAUGGGCAUGCAGCCUGGUUAUGGCGGCAGCACAAUGCAAGGCCAGUCUCCCGGAGGCUUCAACCCCAUGAUGAAUCAGAUGGGCCAAACCGGGGGCUUCCCUGGUAUGGCGGGAAUGGGGAGUAUGGGUAACCCCCGUGCAAACAUGAUGAGACCUCGCAUGAUGGCCACCAAGCCUCUCCGACUGCAGCUACAGCAGAGACUGCAAGGGCAGCAGUUUAUGAACCAGACCCGACAGGGCAUGAAGAUAGAAAAUGCCCCAGGAGUAAACCCUGCCAUGCGUCCAGGCAUGCAGCCUGGCCUGCAACCUGGCAUGCAGCCUGGUAUGCAGCCUACAGGCAUGGCUGGUCAGCCUAAUUUCCUGAACGCCCAGAUGAUGGCUCAGCGCAGCAGGGAGAUGAUGACCAUGCAGAUGAGAAGGCAGCGGAUGAUGAUGCUGAUGCAACAGCAGCAGCACCAGGGGCAGGCGCAGGGGGCCGCAGGAGGUUUCAGCCCGCCUCCAAAUGUCACUGCACCAGGAGGCAUGGACAGCCCCAUGGGAGGCCCCCCCUUGAAUCAACCUGGACAGCAGGGCUUCAACUACGGAGGUAACUAUGGGAUGAACCAGCAGGGGGACCCAUCAUUCAUGGCUCCAGGCAGCAGCCCACCAGGAAACAUGAUGCAAGCACGAAUGGGUGGCCCUCCCCAGAACACCAUGAUGCAAGGGAUGCAGGGAAACCCACAGGGAGGGCCCAUGUACCCAUCUGGAGACAUGAAGGGCUGGCCACAGGGCGGCAUGCCGCGCAACAACUCGUACCCGCAGCAACAGUUCCCCCAGCAGGGCAACCAAGGCCAGUUUGGACCCAUGAUGAUGAACAACUCCAUGGGUGGACCCGGGCCAGUCAGUGGAGCCAGUGCGGGACAGAUGGGCCAAAUGCCAGGACAGAUGCAGGGCCAAAUGGGCAUGAACCCCAUGGGAAUGGGUAGAAUGCCAAUGGGACCUGAUCAGAAGUAUUGUUGAGGACCUGUAGCUGACAUAAGAAUCUAGAGCCUUUCAGCUGUGGCGAAGCAGCCUGGGCCAGGAGAGGAGCUGGACCUACUCACACACACACACACACACAAACACACACACAGUAGGAGUUCCUCAGCACAGAAUGUGAAGCAGGAAACACAGAACAAACACACUGCUAAUCCUGGAGGAAGUGGGCUAUAAGGACUUAACGUGCAUCAGGUUUCAUCUCCAACUGAAACCUCACAUGCUGUAGCCGAAACCUAUUUAUGUGAUGCACAAACAUAAAUUAUCUGUGUGUGUGUGUGUGUGUGUGUUUGUGCAUGUGCGUGUGUUUGUGUGUGUGAAUGACCUGGAGUUGUCAGGCAGUAUUCAGCGUCACAGUCAGGCUGCAGAAUGGGACUACGGUACAACUGGCUGUGGCUGCACUUUACCUGGAGGCUUCUGUGUGGAAUAAAGAUUGAUGCAAUAUUUCUUCAUCAUUACAGCCUUACUAGAGAUUCAAUGCCUUCACAACAAUGGGUUUCUUUCUUUCUUUUUUUUUUCUUAUCCUUUGGAUGCGCCUCAUUCUUAAAGUCAUUGGAAGCUAUAAGCACAGUUUACUAUGUUAUGCAGAUUGGAGCAAUAACUCUUGCCUCUAUGCUUUAUACUGUAACUGAGCAUCAUUACCCCUGUUAUAAGCAAACAAAUGGUACUGCAGUAUUAGAUGUCUGAAAUGUCCUCUGUGAAUAUGAAUUGUAAAUAUUCUACAAAAUAUAUCAAACAUGCUUUUUAAAGGCCCAUUAUUGCACAAAGUAUGAGACCUGGUUGUAUUUUUGUGUCCCAUAGGUCAAUACUGACUUGGUUGAUUUUUUUUUUUUUUUCUUCUUCUCUUUUUUUGCCCUUGCAAACAUUGCAGGCGUGUUUGGGUUUUCCUUCCCCUCUUCAUUUCCUCAAUGCUGUAUUUUUUUUAUUUUUCGAAAAGUCAUGUAUUUCAUGUUUUAGCGAGGCACUUUUUACUUGUGACGAGGAUCUGAUGAGUUUGAAGGUUUGAGCUCUCACACUGUCAGAUGUUUUAUUGGAAGGUGGUGGAGGUGAAUUCUGUCAGGACGGUCGAUUAUAUAAAAUUGUUAUUUUGUUUUGGAUUGUGUGUGACAUGAGCUGUGUGUGUCUGUGUCUGUGUGUGCAUGAGCAGUACAGUGAAGACGGGAACACGCUUCAGUUCACCAACAGGCUUGGUCCUUACAGAGUUCUCCCCCUCCCACUGGCUUUUUGUCUGUCGAGUGUAUUUUCUUCACAGCAUCUUCUUUUGACUGUUAUUCUCAACUCGCUGAAUCUACCUUUUCAACAUGCGCAAUCCAAAGAUAUUUUUCCACAUCUCUGUAUAGUUUCUGAGGUUUCUGGUGUACAUUUUUUAUGAUAUACGUUAUAUUAUUCUGAUGGUAAAUGGGUACAUAUCAUGGAUCUGUAAUAGCAUAUGAUGGUUAUGUACUGCAAGCGUUAUUAGCGGUCAGUGCAGCACAAAGAGGACUGGAAGGUCUCAACCCCACAGCAGAGAGUUUUUACAACCAGAGGAAAAAAAACAAAAAAACAAAAGCAUGUUUUUGCUGUGAAAGAGAAAUACCAAUGGAAUGAAAUCCACUUUAAGACAUAUCAAUAUCUCCUCUAUUUUUCAGGAAACAACUUCAUUUUUUUGUCCAGAUUUUGUUACUUCAGGAAAAAGGAACUUUGUAGAGUUUGAAUGAAGUGCAAAAAGAGGCAAGAGAUCAUUUGGUUUGUUUUUGUUUUUCUUUGUGUGGAGGUAAGAUAAGCUGUCAUUUUACAGGAUGUAUAUUACAGAUUUUUCUCUUUUGAUGUUGAUAUUGAUGUAAAUACAAAUUUCUAUUUAAACA